GUCACAACAGUUCAUCCAAUACGAUGUUUCUUAUAAGUCUAGCUGUAAUUCAUAUUGUAUGUCUAAUACUGCUUAUACUUUACUGCAGAUUGACUGUUGGAAUAUGCAAAUGCAGUAAACAUCUGUAUGGAAAAGUGGUGAUAGUGACCGGAGCUAAUAGUGGUGUUGGAUUUGAGACUGCAAAGGAUUUGGCGGCCAGGGGAGCUCGUCUAAUACUAGCAUGCCGAAAUGAAGAGCGCGGUACCACGGCUAGAGAGAAAAUUGUUUCUGCAACAGGUAACAAUGACGUGCAUUAUCGUCACUUGGAUUUAGCAUCAUUAGCUUCAGUUAGAAAAUUCGCUGCGGACAUCAUCAAGAACGAAAAACGUGUCGACAUCCUCAUCAACAAUGCUGGCAUAUUCUACGUUGACAAUAUUAAAACUGAAGACAACCUAUUUGUUGGAAUGCAAACAAAUCAUUUCGCACCGUUUUUACUCACAUCACUACUUCUACCACUUCUGAAAUCCUCAGCUCCGAGCAGAAUCAUAAAUGUCGCCUCAACGUCCUACAUGCGAAGUAAGAUUGACUUCGAAAACUUAAACAUGGAGUUGGAAAACAAAGACACAUAUACUUGUCACAAGGCGUAUUGUAUGACAAAAUUGUGCAACGUCUACACUACCCUGGAAUUAGAUCGUCGCUUGAGAGGGACAGGAGUGACAGUAAAUUGUUUGCAUCCAGGUUUUGUGGAUACAAACAUAGUGACUACUAUACAAUGGCCUCUCUUUAGAUUCAUAAAGCCUGUAGUGAGACUGACCAUGAAGUCGGCGUGGGAGGGAGCGCAAACUAGUAUAUACCUCGCCGUGGCGCCCGAACUGGAAAUGUGAGUGGACACUAUUUUU